UUGAAAUACAAAAGGUUCACAACCAAUGCUGUAGUGCAUUUAAAAUAUUCAUAAAGUAUUCACAAACUAUUUGACAAAAACAUUUAAAAUACAAAAUAAUCCUAAACUAGACAGAAUUGUGUUUGUGAUGAUUAUUCUGAUCAAAACCUGAUUUACUCACUGCUUACAUGUUUCGUUUCAUAGCAGAAAAAAUGUAACAAUUAUACAAUAACCAGUUAACACCAGCAAUCUGUUACUUGUAAUUUCUUCCUUUCUUAUAGUCUGUCAUAUAGUGUCAAGUGCAGGCCAUGUUACUACAGCACACCAACAUUAACUUCAGACAAUAAAACUCCUCAGUGGUGGUCGAGCAUGAGCUGUUCCUGCAGGGACGCAGGCUGAAGUCAUCCUGAUCAUAUUCCUGAUCAUAUUUCUCCUACUGCUUUCCUGUUUAUCUCUACUGCCCUACACAUUAAACACACAAAAUAUGCCAUAAAACAUGCAUUCUCCAUCUCUCACACACACAUACUAUACAUUAUCAUACCAGUUUCCAUCAAUAAACCAACAAGUUUCAAGUUUUCAGAUUCACUGGGAACUUCAGGUGGGAAAAUUAUGUUGUGUGACACGUUGGCAACAUUUAACUUUUUUUUUUUUGAGGGUUUCAACAUGUUUCAUGUUUCCUCACAGGCUGAGGGAUGUAGUCUCCUGUCCCUCCCUUCUCAUCUCAGUCUGAACUCAAAUCAAAAUGGCACAGCUCCUCUUUAUUCUAAUGAGUACACUUUUCUACAAAGGAAAUUCCCUAACCUGCUAUCAGUGCAUACCUGAGACAUCAAUUAAAUGCACUGAAACUAAAGUGGAGUGUCCUGUUGGUCAGUGUGGGACAAUGAGAACCACAUCUUAUAUGGGAAACGACACGUUGGCUGACAUGAUUAUGAAGAGCUGCUCUACAACUAAUCAAUGUGUGACUGCAUCUGCAAACUUUGGAAUUACAAAAAUAGUCAUCAACAAUCAGUGCUGCAAUACUAACCUGUGCAAUACCCAGACUGAACCAGAAUCCCCCAAAAUGAUCCCAAAUGGAAUGCAAUGCUACACUUGCAAUGGAGAAGACUGUGCGUCAUCUUUACCUUGUGUUGAUGAGGAAGAUCAUUGUAUCAAGGCAUCGGUCUUUAGUGAUGGCCAUAUGAUGACAAUGAAAGGAUGUGUGACCAAUAGUUUUUGUAUGGGUGACCUGUCCACCAAGAUCAGCCAGUCCAGCAUAUGGGCGGAUCAGAGCUGCUGUAAAGGACAUCUCUGUAACAGAGCUCAAACCUCCACUCUGAGCCGUUUGUUUCAGCUCGGGAUUCUGAUGUGCGCAAUACUACAGAUGUCUUUUUGAGCUUCAAUUGCCAUGGUUCUCUGAUUCACAUGAUUUUCAGUUUUACAAAACAAUAAAAUCCAGCCAACAUUCUUACAUGUUGGUCAUAUCAGUUAAAAGAUAAUCUAAAUAUAUAUUGUUAAGGUCUUAUUCUAGAAUGUGUCAUUUGCAAUAUUCACUAAAAACAGAUGCAAGCAAUGGCCAGUUACUGUAUUUUACUCUUCUGUAACAUCUUUGGUCUGAACAACCUAUUCCUGAGAGACUGGUGUGUAAUAGUGUUCAGAUGUUUCAUGUUUAUUUUCCUUUCAGGAGGGUGUAGAUUUAGGUUUCUACAUGGAAUUAAGUUUCAGUACAUUAAUUUUAUGCCUUAGGCUUCUGAAUUGUUGUGGACAAA